AUGACGAACCCCUGGACCACUUUAAUUGCGUGGACGGAUGGAGCCCAAACUAGCAAGCUUGGGACGUGUCAGACAACGAGACGGGCUGCCGAUCAAGGCAAAUCGUUGAUCGAUCGGCUGUUCCCCAAGGAUGGUGAUCUCAGACAGGGACCACUCAUUCUCAUGUUUCUCCAUGGGAUUUGGGAGUGUGCGAUGAUGAUGCUUGGUGCGCCGUUCCAUCUCAUCUUUUCCCGACCUUCCACGAGUCCGACCGGCCACAAAAAGCCAAGGACGAAUGAGAGGUACGAGGCCAUGGACGCGUACGACGGGAUGAGAGAAGCAAGCACACAAAGUGGAAACGUUCCAACUUCCCGAAGACCUUUCGCUGUUCGGGAAUAA